CGAGGGGCCGGCGCCCAGCGCGCAGCGCGGGGGGGCCGCGCCGGCAGCGCACAAGAUGGCGACAACCGCAGUUCCUCCUGCAGCUCCCCCACCUCCGCAGUCCAGCAACGCCUUGCGGGAGACUCGCUAGCGCAGCGGCCACAAGCUGACCUGUCCGGGCUGCAACAUCACUAAAGAAGCUGCUGCAGGAUGAAAAGAUGGCAGCACGGCUGCUCGCACCACCAGGCCCCGAUAGUUUUAAACCUUUCACUCCGGAGUCUCUGGCUAACAUUGAGAAACGCAUUGCAGAAGAAAAAAAGAAGAAGCGUCCAAAGCAAGACAGCAGCCACCGGGAUGACGAUGAAGACAGCAAACCAAAACCAAACAGUGACCUUGAGGCAGGGAAGAAUUUGCCUUUCAUCUACGGGGACAUCCCUAAAGGCCUGGUUGCUGUACCACUGGAGGACUUUGACCCUUAUUAUAUGACCCAGAAAACCUUUGUAGUACUAAACAGAGGGAAAACACUCUUCCGAUUUAGUGCCACACCUGCCUUGUACAUUUUAAGUCCUUUUAAUCUGUUUAGAAGAAUAGCUAUUAAAAUUUUGAUACAUUCAGUAUUUAGCAUGAUCAUUAUGUGCACUAUUUUGACCAACUGUGUAUUCAUGACUUUUAGUAACCCGCCUGAAUGGUCGAAGAAUGUGGAGUAUACAUUCACUGGUAUUUAUACAUUUGAAUCACUUGUGAAAAUUAUUGCAAGAGGUUUCUGUAUAGAUGGCUUUACUUUCCUACGUGAUCCAUGGAACUGGCUAGAUUUCAGUGUGAUCAUGAUGGCAUAUGUCACAGAGUUUGUGGACCUUGGGAAUGUCUCAGCAUUGAGAACUUUCAGAGUUCUCCGAGCUUUGAAAACUAUCUCUGUUAUUCCAGGCUUGAAGACCAUUGUGGGUGCCCUAAUUCAGUCUGUGAAGAAGCUGUCAGAUGUAAUGAUCUUGACAGUAUUUUGUCUCAGUGUCUUUGCUCUGAUCGGGUUGCAGCUUUUUAUGGGCAAUUUGAGGAACAAGUGUGUGAUAUGGCCAAUUAAUGUGAAUGAGACGUUCCUGGAUAACGGCUCUAGGGGCUUUGACUGGGAGGAAUACACCAACAAUAUGUCAAAUUUUUACAUAAUUCCUGGUGCCCCUGAUCCUUUGCUCUGUGGUAACAGCUCAGAUGCAGGUCAAUGUCCAGAGGGCUACACAUGCAUGAAAGCAGGACGGAACCCAAACUAUGGUUACACAAGCUUUGACACUUUCAGCUGGGCUUUUCUGGCUUUGUUUCGCCUUAUGACUCAGGACUUUUGGGAAAACUUGUAUCAAUUAACCUUACGAGCAGCAGGAAAAACUUACAUGAUCUUCUUCGUCUUGGUGAUCUUUGUGGGGUCGUUCUAUCUGGUAAAUCUAAUUUUGGCUGUGGUGGCUAUGGCUUAUGAAGAGCAGAACCAGGCCACACUGGAGGAGGCAGAGCAGAAAGAGGCAGAAUUUAAGGCCAUGUUAGAACAAUUGAAAAAGCAGCAGGAAGAAGCACAGGCUGCUGCUAUGGUCACUUCAGCAGGGACAGUCUCUGAGGAUGCUGUGGAAGAUGAUGGUGGGGGGAGGAUGUCUCGGAGCUCCUCGGAGAUUUCCAAAGUCAGUUCCAAGAGUGCCAAGGAGCGUCGAAACCGGAGGAAAAAACGGAAGGACAAAGAGCUGUCGGAAGGAGAGGAGAAGGGUGACGCUGAAAAGGUGUUCAAGUCUGAAUCAGAGGAUGGCAUGAGGAGGAAAGCGUUCAGACUACCCGAUAACAGGAUAGGAAGGAAGUUUUCCAUCAUGAACCAGUCUCUCCUCAGCAUCCCAGGCUCCCCUUUUCUCUCCCGGCACAAUAGCAAGAGCAGCAUCUUCAGCUACAAAGGGCGAUUUCGUGACCCAGGUUCGGAGAAUGAGUUUGCUGAUGACGAGCACAGCACGGUGGAAGAGAGCGAAGGCAGGAGAGACUCCCUCUUCAUCCCCAUCCGUGGCCGUGACCGAAGGAGCAGCUACAGCGGCUACAGCGGCUACAGCCAAGGCAGCCGGUCCUCGCGGAUUUUUCCCAACCUCCGCCGAAACGUGAAGAGGAACAGCACGGUGGAUUGUAACGGCGUGGUGUCCCUCAUUGGCGGCCCACCUUCCAGCAUGCCUGGGGGACGCCUUCUGCCUGAGGUGAAAAUAGAUAAGGCAGCUACUGAUGACAGCGGUACCACUGAAAUAGAAAUUAAAAAGAAACCUGGUGGGUCUCGCUUGGUCUCGAUGGAUCAGGUGAAUGCCUCCUAUGGAAGAAAGGAUCGAACCAACAGUGUAAUGACCGGCUUGACAAAUACCCUUGUUGAGGAGCUGGAAGAGUCCCAGAGGAAGUGUCCCCCUUGCUGGUACAAAUUUGCUAACACGUUCUUGAUCUGGGAAUGCCACCCGUACUGGAUCAAGCUGAAGGAGAUAGUGAACUUAAUUGUCAUGGAUCCUUUUGUUGACCUGGCCAUCACCAUCUGUAUUGUGCUGAACACUCUGUUCAUGGCAAUGGAGCACCAUCCUAUGACCCCCGAGUUUGAACAUGUACUCUCCGUAGGAAAUCUGGUUUUCACUGGAAUUUUCACAGCAGAAAUGUUCCUGAAGCUUAUCGCCAUGGAUCCCUACUAUUAUUUCCAAGAAGGCUGGAACAUCUUUGAUGGAUUUAUUGUCUCCCUCAGUUUAAUGGAACUGGGUCUAGCAAACGUGGAAGGACUUUCCGUACUGCGAUCUUUCCGAUUGCUGAGAGUCUUCAAACUGGCCAAGUCUUGGCCCACUCUGAAUAUGCUGAUAAAAAUCAUCGGUAACUCGGUGGGUGCUUUGGGGAACCUGACCUUGGUGCUAGCCAUCAUCGUGUUCAUCUUUGCGGUGGUGGGCAUGCAGCUCUUCGGCAAAAGCUACAAGGAGUGUGUCUGCAAGAUCAAUCCGGAGUGUGAGCUACCCCGCUGGCACAUGCACGAUUUCUUCCACUCCUUCCUUAUUGUCUUCCGUGUGUUGUGUGGGGAAUGGAUUGAGACCAUGUGGGAUUGUAUGGAGGUGGCAGGACAGGCCAUGUGCUUGAUUGUCUUCAUGAUGGUCAUGGUCAUCGGAAAUUUAGUGGUGCUGAACCUAUUCUUGGCCUUGCUACUGAGCUCCUUCAGCGCAGACAACUUGGCAGCCACAGAUGAUGAUGGGGAGAUGAACAACCUGCAGAUUUCUGUCAUUCGCAUCAAGAAGGGCAUUGCCUGGACCAAGGCAAAAGUGCGUGAAUUCAUGCACGCUCAUUUCAAGCAGAGAGGGGGAGAUGAGGUCAAACCCUUGGAUGAAUUGUAUGACAAGAAGGUGAACUGCAUUGCUAACCACACAGGGGCUGAUAUCAACAGAGACAUUGAUUAUCAGAAGAAUGGCAAUGGCACGACAAGUGGAAUUGGGAGCAGUGUGGAGAAGUACAUAAUAGAUGAAGAUCACAUGUCCUUCAUCAAUAACCCCAAUCUCACUGUCCGGGUACCUAUUGCUGUAGGAGAAUCAGAUUUUGAAAAUCUCAACACAGAAGAUUUCAGCAGUGAUACAGAUCCAGAUGGCAGCAAAGAGAAACUGGAUGAUACCAGCUCCUCUGAAGGUAGCACCAUUGAUAUAAAACCUGAGGUGGAAGAAGUCCCUGUGGAGGCCCCAGAGGAGUACCUGGACCCAGAUGCGUGUUUCACAGAAGGCUGCAUGCAGCGCUGUAAAUGUUGUCAGGUCAAUAUUGAGGAAGGGCUGGGAAAGUCUUGGUGGACCUUGAGGAAGACGUGUUUUCUGAUUGUGGAACAUAACUGGUUUGAGACUUUCAUCAUCUUUAUGAUCCUACUGAGCAGUGGUGCUCUGGCUUUUGAGGAUAUUUACAUAGAACAGAGGAAAACCAUCCGGACCAUCCUGGAGUAUGCGGACAAGGUCUUCACUUACAUUUUCAUCCUGGAGAUGUUGCUGAAAUGGUGCGCCUACGGAUUCGUCAAGUUCUUCACUAAUGCCUGGUGCUGGCUGGAUUUCCUCAUUGUGGCUGUCUCUUUAGUCAGCCUUGUAGCUAAUGCCCUGGGCUACUCGGAACUAGGUGCCAUAAAGUCCCUUAGGACACUAAGAGCUUUGAGGCCUUUAAGAGCGUUGUCCCGAUUUGAGGGGAUGAGGGUGGUUGUCAAUGCCUUGGUUGGCGCUAUCCCUUCCAUUAUGAAUGUGUUGUUGGUCUGCCUUAUCUUCUGGCUGAUUUUCAGCAUUAUGGGGGUUAACCUGUUUGCCGGGAAAUAUCAUUACUGCUUUAAUGAAACAUCCGAGGAGCGCUUUGAAAUAGAUAUUGUUAACAACAAGACAGACUGCGAAGCCCUGAUGCCACCCAACUCCACUGAGAUUCGAUGGAAGAAUGUGAAAAUUAACUUCGACAACGUUGGGGCAGGAUACCUGGCUCUCCUGCAAGUUGCUACUUUCAAGGGCUGGAUGGACAUCAUGUACGCAGCAGUGGAUUCCAGAAAGCAAGAAGAGCAACCCAAGUACGAGGACAACAUUUACAUGUACAUAUAUUUUGUUAUCUUCAUCAUCUUCGGCUCCUUUUUCACCCUGAAUUUGUUCAUUGGUGUCAUCAUUGACAAUUUCAAUCAACAAAAGAAAAAGUUUGGAGGUCAAGAUAUUUUCAUGACAGAAGAACAAAAGAAGUACUAUAAUGCCAUGAAAAAACUGGGCUCAAAGAAGCCUCAAAAGCCUAUUCCCCGACCUCUGAACCGUAUUCAGGGAGCUGUCUUUGACUUUGUAACUCAGCAAGCUUUUGAUAUAGUCAUCAUGAUGCUCAUCUGCCUCAACAUGGUGACCAUGAUGGUAGAGACGGACACACAAAGCAAGCAGAUGGAGGACAUCCUUUACUGGAUCAACCUGGUGUUCGUCAUCUUCUUCACCUGUGAGUGUGUGCUGAAGAUGUUCGCCUUGCGGCACUAUUAUUUCACCAUCGGGUGGAACAUUUUUGACUUCGUGGUUGUGAUUCUGUCCAUUGUGGGAAUGUUCCUGGCUGAAAUCAUUGAGAAGUAUUUUGUAUCACCCACGCUCUUCCGAGUCAUCCGACUGGCUCGUAUUGGACGUAUCCUGCGUUUGAUCAAAGGAGCCAAAGGAAUCCGCACCUUGCUUUUUGCCUUAAUGAUGUCUUUGCCUGCCUUGUUCAACAUCGGCCUCUUGCUGUUCUUGGUCAUGUUCAUCUUCUCCAUCUUCGGCAUGUCAAACUUUGCCUACGUCAAGCAUGAGGCUGGCAUAGAUGAUAUGUUCAACUUCGAGACCUUUGGCAACAGCAUGAUCUGCUUGUUCCAGAUCACUACAUCGGCUGGCUGGGAUGGCCUGCUGCUGCCAAUCCUAAACCGGCCUCCAGACUGCGAUCUAGACAAGGAGCAUCCCGGGAGUGGUUUUAAGGGGGAUUGUGGGAACCCUUCAGUGGGGAUUUUUUUCUUUGUGAGUUACAUCAUCAUCUCCUUCCUGAUCGUGGUCAACAUGUACAUUGCCAUCAUCCUGGAGAACUUCAGUGUGGCGACAGAGGAGAGUGCGGAUCCACUGAGUGAGGAUGACUUUGAAACUUUCUACGAGAUUUGGGAGAAGUUCGAUCCCGACGCCACACAGUUCAUAGAGUACAGCAAGCUCGCGGACUUUGCUGAUGCUUUGGAACAUCCUCUCCGGGUCCCAAAACCCAACACCAUUGAACUCAUUGCCAUGGACCUGCCUAUGGUAAGUGGAGACAGGAUCCACUGUUUAGACAUCCUGUUUGCCUUCACCAAACGUGUCCUGGGGGACAGUGGAGAGCUGGAUAUACUGAGACAACAGAUGGAGGAAAGAUUUGUGGCAUCCAACCCUUCCAAAGUGUCUUAUGAGCCCAUCACAACUACGCUGCGGCGUAAGCAGGAAGAAGUCUCAGCAGUGGUUAUGCAGAGGGCUUACAGGGCUCGUUUAGCCAGACGGGGGUUUGUUAGCCGAAGGCCUGUCCCCACAAAACUGGAAAACGGAGGAACAAACAGGGAGAAAAAAGAAGGCACCCCAUCCACGGCAUCUCUCCCAUCAUAUGACAGUGUGACUAAACCUGAGAAGGAGAAACAACGAGCAGAGGAAGGAAGACGAGAAAAGGCGAAAAGACAAAAAGAUGUCAGGGAAUCCAAGUGUUGAGACAAAAUAGUAGAAUUGUACAAAUUUAAAAAUAUUUGCAAGUGAAAAGAUUGUUUACAAACUUCAUGAAAUAUAUCAAUACAGAACAGCUGUGGAGACACUUACCUGAAGAUCUUAUACCAAACAUAGUCUGCUUACUAUGUGACAGCGUUGCAUCUAAAGCAGUGACCUACCACCUGUUUAAAGGACCCUUGUAAACAAACAUUUAAAAACAAAAAAGGAAAAAAAAUGGAUUUUCUAUUGUUUGGGCAGGUGGAUACUGCAUGUUCCACAUCAGUCAAUGCAACUUAGGACAAACAAGCAAAAUAAAACACACACACACAGAAACAAAACCCGCUGCUGGGAUUCAUAUAUUUUCCAAAGCAGCCAAAAAUGGAUUUUAUUUUCCCAUUUUGUUGUUUAUUAUUGAAAGAAAACCCAGAAGUCACGAUGUUAAAGGGUUUGUUCAUGCAAAAUUAGAUUUGCAUUUAGCUAAGCAGCAAAAUAAUAAAAAAAAGUGAAAAUAAGCAAAACAACAAAAAAAGAAACUAACCACCCAUUUAGCCCAUGCCAUUUAAUUAAUUGUCAUAGUUUAUUUGAUAUUUAUUAUCUGCAUUCUACUUUCUACAUGGGCUUUACUUGGUUUGGGAGAUGGGGUAAUCGGGUACCUUCAGCCUGCAACCAGCGCAGGCUGAUUCCCCAAAACUAAAAGUGCUCGUUCAAUGCAUAGAAACGAUUUGCAUGAUGGCAUGCCGUGACCAGGAACCAUGCAUGAGGAAUCAUUAAGCCACAAGACACUCAGUAAUCUGUCCACAGCAGUGUGUUAAGCCAUAAAUUCGAGGCACUCCACUGACUACCGUACACUGUAUUUGGAGAUAAACUUUAACAAUAAUCAUGCCCUUCACCGGUACUUACCCGUUCUUAGCAAUCUUUCAUAGACCUGCCAGUAGAAAAAAAAAAAAGAAACAAGCAGAUGAAAUACUUGUGUGUGUGUAUGUUUAACAGCGUGUCUUUUUUUCCCCAUACAGCCGUCUUUUGCACACUGAAAUAUAACAAAACUAAAUGAUGCUCUGGACCUCAUCCAAGGGGAGAGGUUAAAACCUGAGAAUGGCUUGUUAUACUCUGUCACUGUAAAACCAAAAUCUAGGGCUUAAAUACCAGCCAGUAAGUUACUUUGUAUCCUGCGAUAUUUAGCAUAAUAUUAAUUAUUAGUCAGCCUCCAUCCUGCAGCGUAGACAUUUUUUUUUUUUUUUUCUUCCCCUGUGGAGAUAAGUGCUAAAGACCGUAGCAUGACAUCUCUACAGGUAGAGAUGUGGGGAGCUUGGAGGGCGCGCUCCCCACAGCAGGCCUGGGGAAGGGGACAUCGCUCACCGCGCGCAGCUGGCCCACCGCCGUCGGGCUCCCCGCUCCGGGCAGCCUUCAGCAGCCCCAACCCCUUCCUCCACUCCUCCGUUGGCUUUUGCAGCGCUGCACGGGUUUGGGUUUGUUUUUCUUUCCUUGCUUCUGUAGCCAUGAGUUGUGUUUUGUUUUGUUUUUUUGUUGGAAGCAAAAGGCGGCGUGUGCCCAUGGGCGGUGGGACCAGCACCAGCCCGGGGGUGCUGGGUGGCAAGCCAGGCAUCAGGUGUCUUCGCCUCCUUCCCAUUUCUUACGUUUUCACGGACUGGCAACUAAAAAGGCCCUGCAGGGUGGGUAGGAAUCAGAGCUACCUCUUGCCUAGUCUUCUCGCUGCAGCAGUAAAUAGUGCCACAGAAGAGAAGGUCAAACAUUUCUGUUUUCCUAGCGAUCCCAGCCUCUCCACCAUCCCCCAGCACAUUUCGCGGUGUCCUCCUGACUUAGCCAGUUCUCAGCCACUGCUCCGGGCACUGUUUUUCUUCAGGGCCAGCACAGGUUUCCCCACAGGGUAGGUUGGCAGCGCCGCAGCCCAAAGGAGACGUUGGGGUCGGCACCGCUCCCGACCCCAGCCAGGCAUCACACGGGCUGUGCCGCACGCAAGCGCGGUGUUGGACCAUGGACCAAAACCAAGGGCACCCAUCCUAGCGGGAAAACCAAGACACCAGAACCUGUCGAUGGCAGGAGGAAUCCUGGUUGGCGUAAGCUCACCCCCCCCCCCCAAGACGUUUUCCAGGAGUCACUCGCAGCGCAGGAAGCCACGCAGCAGACAGCCGUGCCAAGUCAGCCGCUCGCAGCACGCAGGCCAGCCAUCGCCGUGCCGGGAGCAGUUCUGCUGCACCCAGGCACACAGCAAGGAACCUUUUCUAUCCUGUCAGCUCUUGCCCCAGUCGCUCCUAGGAUAUGAUGUAUAAUAACAGAGAAAACAUACAUAUGUACAGGCUCCAUUGUAAACAGCACAAGAAAAAAAAAUAGCUGAAAAGUGUGGUUGAACUUUUUAAGAGAAUAUUAUAAAUACUGUAAUAUAUCAUUUUAUUUUAUCAGCAUGCCUUUUUGUAAAUACAAAGAACUACAAAAAUAAUAGAAUGGCUUCUGGCUUAUGCCAUUGUCCAUGUUUAUUUUUAUUUUUUUAAUAUCUUUCUGUUGUCCUUAGACUUUAGAUAGCCAGUAAAUGUCCCCCAAAGAAAAAACAAAACCCUGCCCUGCAAAAAAAAAAAAAAAAAAAAGAUUUAAACAAACAAAAGGCUUUAUUGCAAAUGAUCUUUGCAACAUCAGGAGUAGGUAUUUUUGGGUUCCAAUGUGCAAUAAGUUGACCACUUCUAUGCAAGAUUUGGCUAAACUUCAUAAUUGUUCUUAAGCUGGGCUAUUGACUCGUAGGUGAAGCUUGGUACAUUCAGCAUUCAUGCUGGCACUUUCAUUAAGCUGCUCAAUUACUUUCAGAAAAAAAUCCCUUCAGACUCUGUAUAUAUAUUUAUUUUUUUAAACAUUAGAUCUGUAUUAAACGCAAGAGGCCGGUGGUAUCGUUAAUCGGUAUGGCUUAAAAAGGAAGAGGAACGAAUAGUUUCUUCACCUGUUCUUUGGCUGGAGGCAAGUCCUUCUGCUCAGAGAAGAGUUCUGCAGGGUUUUUGCUUUGUUCUUCAUCUCGGUUUGCUGCUUGGGGCAGGCAGCGCCAUCAGCACAGGUGCUGAAGAUAACGGAUCUGCAUUUCGGUAUGUCUUCACUAGGUGAAGCCAAGGACAGAGGGAAACUUGGGUCCAAAAGCAUUAAGGACAUCGGUGUCAUAUACAAGUCUGAAUUCAAAGGCGUACACAGAAUUUAUAUUCCAGAUUCAGGGUUGUGGGCAUAAAGUGAGGAUGGUGUUGGCAAUUAAAGGGGCAUAGCCAAGAAGUCAAGACUACAACAAGUAGCUCUUUUCCCUCCUCCCAUUUAUAAAAGUCCCCUUUUUGGUUAAUUUCUUACUGUGUUCUAAAAAGAGCAGAGGGGAAGGGCAAAAAGGAAAUACCAAUUUAAGCUGCUUUAUUCACUUUUCCUGUUCACCUUUUUUUAAGAAUAUAGAAGCCAAUGUUGAACAACAACAACAAAAAAUAAUAAAA